AUGACCGCACGUUUGCUAUCUGGGAAGCGUUUUUGGGUUCAUCCAUUAUUUCAACUGCGACACAUUCAUGGAUUUUAUGAAGCCAUAUUUCCUACACUUUCCUUGCACGAAGACAAAUUCCACAAUUAUUUCCGUAUGACAAUAAGUCAGUUUGAAGAACUGCUGUGUUACGUUGGUCCUCUUAUUUCCAAGCAGAAUGCAAUAAGAGCGCCUAUAUCUGCCGCAGCACGUUUGGCUAUGACAUUAAGGAAUAUCUUGUGCUAUCUGGGUAUAGUGACUACCAUCAUUCAAGAAACCUGCAAAGCACUUAGGACUUGUCUCAGCAAGGAAGUAUUGCCAUAUCCAUUAAAAACGAUAGAUUGGAUCAAUAUUGCCAAAGAAUUUGAAAACAAAUGGGAUUUUAACCAUUGCAUAGGUGCUAUUGACGGGAAACAUGUCGUCAUCCAGAUAUAUACAAAUAUUAUAUUAUUAUAACUCUGGAUGAGUAUUAAAUUGCAUCGUUAAAUAAUGACAUUUAU